UGCUUACAAGCAAUAGUCUUAAGAGUAGUCAAGUAUGUGCCGAGUAAGAGAUUACAGGUCGAAAGCAAAGUUUGGAUCUUGCCUCCUCAUGCAACUUUGCCAUCAAUAUAAGUGAAAAUGGCGCUAUGCCUUUUGCGGCUACCACCUCAGCCAGCACCUACAGGGGCUCUCCAUCCAUUCAUAUCUUCCUUUCUUUCUUUCUAGUGCUUUCAGUUCCUACAGAGUCGUGUAGGCAUUGUGAGCUUCUUCCUUGUCUUCGUCGUGUUCUUUCCAGCUCAUCUUGUCAAAUUCUAAGUAUCUUUGUAGUUUGUAUAUCAGGAUAUGAUUUAUAUAUCGUAAUCCGGAUUCCGGCAUAGUAUGACCGACAUCCCGAUGAUCCCAAAUGAAACACAAUUUCACUAUGCACGUUCUUUGGCUAUAGGUAUGCGCCAUCCUUGCUCAACCUUGUCAAUACCGA